AUGUCCAAGAAAUUAGAAGUUCAAGAGUCACACGUCUCCGAGCCGCCUUCGCUCCUGGACCUUGAAAAAUCCGAAUCAAAAAACCCCUUCGCCGAUGAGAAAGUCGCUACUUACUAUAGACAGAUGUAUGAGGACGUGAAGUACGAGUGUAGGGGGAGUUUCGAUCCGUCUUUCCAAUGGACGGCUGAAGAGGAAAAGAAAGUUGUGAGAAAGUUGAACUUCAGAGUAGCCUUCGCAGCCUGUCUCAUGUUUGUUGCUUUGCAGGUCGAUAGGGGUAAUUUGCAGCAAGCUGUCUCCGACAACUUGCUCGACGACUUGGGGUUGACCACCGAUGACUACAACAUGGGCAACACCAUCUUCUACUUGUCGUUCUUGCUAGCAGAAAUCCCUUCGCAAAUGAUCUCAAAGGCCCUAGGUCCCGAUAUCUUUAUCCCCAUCCAGAUUUGCGCGUGGUCGGUUGUCGCUUUGUCGCAGGUGGCCUUGUCGGGCAAGGUUUCCUUUUACAUCACGCGUUGUUUAAUCGGGGCCAUCGAAGGCGGCUUUAUUGCUGACUUGGUGUUGUGGUUGAGCUACUUCUUCACGAGUAAGGAGUUGCCAAUUCGGUUAUCCUGGUUCUGGACCACCUUGACCUUGACCCAGAUUUUCGCUGCUUUGGCGGCGUUUGCCAUCUUGAGAUUAAGGGGCGUCUUUGGCUGGCCCGGUUGGGCCCACUUGUUCUUUUGGGAAGGGUUGUUUACGCUUGCGAUUGGCAUUGCGUCGUUUUACUUGAUGGUCCCUUCAGCCGUUCAAACCAAGAACUGGAUGCAUCCGAAAGGCUGGUUCUCUGAACGCGAGGAAAAGAUUGUCGUUAACAGGAUCUUGCGAGAUGAUCCAACAAAGGGGUCAAUGCACAACCGUCAAGCAAUUGGGUUGAAACAACUCUGGACUUGUUUGAUCGACUACGACUUGUGGCCGCUCUACUCCAUUGGAGUAAUGGCCUACAUUGGAAAUUUCACUUUUGGUUCUUACUUCACCCUCAUGACCCGUCAGCUCGGAUUCGGCGUGUUUGACACCAACUUGUUGACGAUCCCGCAAGCCGUGCUCUACAUCCUCAACUUGCUCGCUAUAACUUGGCUCUCUGAGCGGUUCCAGAACAGAUCCAUGAUAUCGCUCAUCUCGCCCAUCUACUGUUUCAUCGUGCUCGGCGUCAUUCGAUUCUACCCGGGUUCCGGCAUCGAAAUAUGGCCCAGCUACGUCAUGAACACAAUAUACAUGGGCCAACCUUUCAUCCACGCCAUCUUGGUCUCGUGGGUCUCGAGAAACUCAAACUCAGUGAGAACAAGGUCCAUCUGUUCCGCGGUGUACAAUAUGUUUGUGCAAACGGGGGCGAUAAUCGCACAAAACAUGUUUCGAGCCGACGAUGCGCCAUUGUACAAGCGGGGUCUUUUGCAGUUGUGGUGCAUUGCCUUGGCCGUGGUUCCUAUCUUGUUGUUGACGAAGUUCUACUACAUCUGGCGCAACAAGUCGAGAGAAAAGAUAUGGAGCGCAAUGACGGAGAUUGAAAAGGAUGAGUAUCGAAGAACGACAACGGAUGAUGGAAACAAGAGACUCGAUUUCAGGUUUACUCAUUGA